AUGGCUGACGUUUCAUGGGAUGAAAUUCGUAGUUUACGAGCUGAUUUUCUCAAUUUACAAUUAUCCGAAACGGCCAAUAAACUAUCCGAGCGAAAUUGUGUCGAAUUGAUUGGAUUAUUGGUAAAAGAAGGUUUACUGAAUGUUAUAUAUACUACCGAUGGUAAGGAUAUUAUAACUGAACAGCGACUGAUCCGAGAAAUUCUCGACGAAAUCUAUGCGAAUGGAGGUCGUAUUAAUAUUGUCGAUUUGGCACAGCAUCUUCGCAUUGAUUUAACUUACAUUGAAGGUAAAGUCGGCGACGUCUGUAAAGAAGAUCCGACUUUACAAUUUAUUUUGGGACAAUUUAUUUCUGCCAAUUAUACCAAUCGUUUGGUGGAGGAAAUCAAUGAUAUGCUGGUCGAACGUGGUUUAAUUCCAUUUAGUGACUUGAUCCGUCAAUUUGAUUUGCCGACAGAAUAUUUGAAUUCAAUUGUUACGAACCGAAUUAUUGGCUCGGCAUUAAAUGGUAUUAAGUACGAAUCAGGAACAUUAUAUACCGAAAAUUAUGUUCGUUUACAACAAAAUAUCCUUAUUGGCUAUCUUCAAGCAGCACUUUUACCUGUACGUGUAAAUGAAAUAAUAAAAAAUACUCGUGUUAAUGAAAAUCUUAUCCAAGGUCUGAUCGUCAAUCUAAUUCGUGAGAAUCGAAUCAACGGGACUCUGAUUGGCACAACAAGAGAGAGUUCAAUUUUUAAUCCAAAAGUCUACACCGAUGCUCAAGCGAAAUAUAUUGACUCGUUUUUUACCCAGAAUGGCUAUAUUGAAUAUUCACUUGUACGUAAUCUUGGUGUUACUGAUCCUGAAGGGCAAACAAAGUUAGUGUUAAAAGAUCGUCAACAGACUUUGUAUUUAAUUUCUGGUUGUGUUGAUCUGCCAAAAUUUCUUCCUCAAUUGGAAAUGAAUAUUGAACAAGGAUUAGUUUCGAAUGAAUAUGUGGAUUUGACAACUUUAAUACCGAACAGUUUUACUGAUAACGAUAUUGAAAAGUUAUUAAAAUCUGAAGGAUCAAUCAAAGAAGUGAUCAAGUCAUCAGGUGGCGAACUUCUUUCGAAUACAUUUGUUAUCAGUAAAGAAUUGCAAGACAAAAUCGACAAGAAACUGAAUGAAAUUUGUCAAGAAUACGCAGAGAAGGAAUCAGCUCAUUGUACUCCGCAAUUGUAUGCCGCCGCCCUUCAAGGAAAUAUUGCAUUAGCUUCAUCGUCAUCAUCAGCAACUGCCAAAGGUGCAGUAGCGAAAAAACCUGCCGCAUCCGCUGGCAAACGUAAAGGCGCAUCGAAAGUUUCUGAGGAAACAAGUACAAAUCAAGAAACGAUUCCAUUCGUUGGUAAAGAUGAAAUCAAAUCUCAAAUUCGAUCCAUCAACGAUGAAUUACCUGAUGAAAUUCUCGAUUUACUAACCGAUAAUCUUUAUAGCGUCAAAAGUCGUCAAUAUCUGGAUCAAUUUAUUCAACGCGUGAAGGAAAGUUUUGUCGCGAAAGAAUCUGAGGCAGGUAGUGAUACAACACGGAAGAAUGAAAUAAAAAAUGUACAAGAAUCGAUUAAACAAAUGCAUGCAAACAUUUGUAUAUUUUCACGUGCAAUUGAACAGUUAAUAGCAGAAAACGAAACCGGUCUUGCUGAAACUCUACAGCGACAUUUAAUCCGUUCGCUCUGCUCCGACAUGUGCGAUAACAUCUUACGAGAACUCGAUCCAUCUGCAAAUUCGAAAACAGGACAACUAACUAUCGAAGAACGAAACAAACUCAUACAAAAAAUGUCCGAACCCAAUCGUAGUUUCCUAUCGAAAGUCAAUGAAUCUCUCAACGGCAAAAAUGUUGAGACAACUUUAACUCGACUUGAAGAUGCAGCCAAUGAUCUACUUCAACUAUCAUUGAAACGUCCGAAUAAGAAGAACGAAAAAGAUAUUGCAUUGGAUAUUCGCGAAAAACUCAAAGCGAAGCUAACAGAUGAACAAGAUCCAGCAAUGAUUCUUCAUCUCACCGUGACUUUGAUCUUCUAUGCUGUUACCACGGGCCGAUUUAUUCAUGCUCCAGGUAAAGCUGUGCCAGCAUUGAUCAAAUAUUUAUCGAAAGCACUCCCAACUAAUGUUAAUCAACGUUUACAUGAAAUGCAAGAUUAUGUCAUCCAACAAUCCACAACAGGCGCUGCAGCUGCACCGUUGUCCACCGACAGAAUUGAGUUCAUUAAAAAGUUAGGUUUAAGUGCGAAAGAAAACAUGUCAUUUGCAUCGUUUUCAACGGAUACGGAUGAAGCGCAAUAA